AUGGAAACUGAAGAAAUCGAUAGGAUGACCCAAACCACCAUGCAAAUUCGUGACAAGAAGAAGCAUUCAGUAACAUUGUCACCUCCUAUGUCUGAAAGUAGAGAAAGAAACAGCUCUACUGAUGCUCCAGGAACUAGGAAAAAUUUCCAUGACAGGAAUAUCGAGCAUUUAAAAGCAAUUUCAGAAAAAAAAGCCCAAAGAUUGAGAGAAAUUGAAGAGGAAAAAAAGAAAUUAGAAAUUACAAGGCAAAGAUUGGCGCAGAGGAUUCUGAAGAGAAAAGAAGAGGCUAAGAAAAUUGAAGAAGAGAAAAAGGGGGAAAAUGAAAGGAAUCCUUAUGAUAUUUUGGAGAUUGAUGAAAUUAUAGAAGAAGAUAAAGAAGGUGCAGGUCCAAUGAUAGUUCCUUUUUGAUAGUGUCCAUUUCACUGAAGUACUUUUGGUCGAAAAUUUUUAAAUAGUGUACCCAUUUGGUCGAAAUUUAACUGUAUUUUCGGUCAAAUGUCUCACUAUCAAAAAUGAUUCGAACAAAUUUUCCCUAUAUGAAGCCAGAUAAAGAAAGAGAAGCUAAAAAACUAAGUAUUUAUAAAUCAAGAUAUCACAGCUUUUUAAAAGAUUUGCAAGAAAACAAUAAACAAAAACAGCAGAUGAGAGAGCAGGAAGAGCUGAAAAAGCAGAAAACAAUACACAAGCUGAAAGAAAACUUGGGCUUAAACAAUGUAACUUCUAAAGUGUUCAGCUCAACUCCUUCAAACCAAGCUGAAGAAGAUGAAAUAAAAGCACAGAAAACUAAAUCAUCCACAGCAAAAACCAAAGGAAAAUCUAAAGAGCAAGAUGCAGAUCCAGAAGAAGAAAAACAAAAAAAAAAGGCAGCAAGAGAAGCCAGUGAACAAAUAGUAAAAAGGGCUCAAAGGCACAUUUUAGAGCUUGCCGAAAAGAAAGCUGAAGAAGCCAAAAAAGAAGUUGAGCAACGAGAAAAAGAGCAGAAAUUUAAGCACUCCCUACGUGAAGCUGUGCUAUCAAAAAAGCAUCAAAACGAAAAUGAAGACUCCGAGCCUCCAAGCACUUCAGAAACUCCUAAAAAGCCUAAAAGAAUCGACGAUAAAGCUAUAGAGCGGCUUUCAUCAGCCCCUAAACGCUGGACAGGCCCAAUUAUCACAGACAUAAAUGUUUUUCGCAAAAAAUACAAGCUGACCGAAAAAGAUAAAAUAUUCGUUAUAAAAGGCUGCUACCCAGAUAUAAAGCGUGCCUUACUAAAAAGAAGUAAUUUUUCUAUAGAGAUUGGUUCGAAAACCCAGACAAAGAUUCUCCAUGUUUUGACUUAAAGUGGACUCUUCUUCGUAAAGAUGUUGAUAUGGAUAAACUCACUGAUAAUCAGCUUUGCAACCAUUUUGAUAAAAGCGCAAAUAUCACUACUAAAGUGGGACUUUGCCAUAACUUGAGGAGCUUGGUUUGGUUUAAUAAUGUGGAUAUUGAUACGUUUUAUCCACAAUGUUUCGAUGUAUCUGAUCAAGCUGAGCUGCAAGAUUUCAUUACUGAAUUAUGGACUGCAAAACUGUAUUGGUGAUUUUUUAUUUUAUAAGGCUUUUAAAAAUCAUAAAUUUAAAUCAAAUUUAAUUAAUAUAAAAAAUUAUAAAAUAAUAAAAGCUGAAUGUGUAUUAAAGCAGUACCAAAGCAAUGAAAAUGUCUCUGAAGACAGAGUAAAAGUCGCCCUAAAAGUCAGCAAAAGAAGGCUGAGAAAUUUAGAUGAUUUAAUUGAUGACCCUAACUCAGGCAGCUGGGAUUUAAUUAAAGAUAAAGAAUGAGAAAUCUUGAAUUCUGACAUGAUAAGUGAAGAAGAAUUCAAAAAAAGAAAACACGAAAAUUGGCUACAAAAAUUAGACAUGGAGCACAAUCAUAUUCCUAAGCCAGAACCUGCUAAAAAAAAGAAAAAGAAAAAAGUAGCCAAAGAAGAGAAAAAAGCCGAAAAUACUGUGAGGGACUCUACACUUCUACAAGAAGCUGAAGAAGUCCUUGGAAAAUUAAAACAAAAAUACCCACAAUAUGAUAUUAAUGGCAAAAAAAAUAUCUGGAUCGUAAAACCUGCAAGCUUAUCUAGAGGAAGAGGCAUUGGGUGUUAUAAUUCACUAAUUGAGAUUCUUGACCAUGUUCAAAAAGAAGGCACAUGGGUUGUGCAGAGAUAUAUAGAAAACCCUAUGCUUAUUUUAAGGAAAAAAUUUGAUAUCAGGCAAUGGGUUUUAGUCACUUCAUGAAAUCCUUUGACAGCCUGGUUUUAUGAAAGAUGCUAUUUAAGAUUUGGGGUUGAAGACUAUAUUAUAGAUAACCUCCAAAACAAAUUUAUCCACUUAACCAACAAUUCAAUUCAAAAAUACUCAGAACAUUUUGAAAAUUCUGAAAUUGAAGGAAGUAUGUGGCACUCUGAAGAAUUAGCAGAACUUUUAAGAGAGCAGACUGGCAGAGAUAUAUGAGAAGAAGAAAUUAAGCCAAAAAUAAAAAAAAUUGUAAAAUAUUCCCUUGAGUGUGUACAAGAUAUGGUUGAUAACAGACCAGGAUCAAGUGAGCUGUAUGGAUAUGAUAUUAUGAUUGAUGAAAACUAUAAUCCUUGGCUUAUUGAAGUAAACGCAAGUCCUGCAAUGGAUUAUUCGACGCCUGUUACAAAGGAGCUUGUCAAGCAAGUUAUGGAAGAUACUAUAAAAGUUAUGGUAGACUACCAAUUCGCUUCAAAAAAGAAAAAAUCGAAAAUCGACACUGGGAACUUUACCUGUCUUUUUAAAUCUAAAAAAAUUGUUGACAGGCCUAUACAAUCCUUUGGUCUAAAUCUUGUGUGUGAAGGAAAAGCUAUUAAAUCUUAA